CUCGUCUGGUACGUAGAGCGCUUGCGUCAAUGUUUUUGAAGGCCCGUAGCUAGCCAACGUGCUAAUCCAACAUUCAGAACGCUACUGAGAUUUUCAUAAUCAGUAACUUUUUGGUAGCGGUUUUUGGCACCUUAUACGCCACCUUACUCGGGGCUUGUCCACUUUACACACAGAAUGUCCUUCCCUCCUCAUUUAAACCGGCCACUGUUGCCGCCUCCUGGGAUGCCUCCUCAGUUUGCUGGCUUUGCCUCAGGAACCCCAAUGAUCCCAGUUCAUGUGGGCAUCAUGACCUCCACCCCUACAGUAAUGAUGCCUUCCGUGGCAGUGGUCAGUAAACCUCCGGUCCCUAAGAAGGAUCUUGUUGCUCUGCGAGCCAAAGACAAUGAAGACAGUGGCCCGACCACCACAGUGUUUGUGGGGAACAUAUCAGAGAAAGCCUCAGACAUGUUGAUCAGACAGCUGCUGGCAAAAUGUGGUAUUGUUCUGAGCUGGAAGAGAGUCCAAGGAGCCUCUGGCAAGCUUCAAGCCUUUGGGUUUUGUGAGUACAAAGAGCCAGAGUCCACACUGCGAUCGCUGCGCCUGCUCCAUGACCUGCCAAUCGGUGACAAAAAUCUGUUGGUGAAGGUAGAUGCAAAGACUAAAGCGCAACUGGAUGAGUGGAAGGCCAAGAAAAAGACUACAAAUGGGAAUAAGAAGGCUGAAGAAGAAGGAGGAGAUGAUGAGGAAGAGGUUCUAGACGAGGAGACAAAGAAGAAGGAUCAAAUUAUUAAAGGUGCGAUCGAUGGAUUGAUGCGGGAAUAUGCUGCUGAACUCAACGCACCUUCACAGGAUGAAGACUCCCAGCGACGAAAGAGAAAAAAGGAGAAAAAGGAAGAGGAUGACAUUAACACUAUUGAUAUGGAGGAGGACAAGAGAGACCUGAUUUCCAGAGAGAUUAGUAAAUUUCGUGACACUCACAAGAAACUCGAAGAGGAGAAGGACAAGCGGGAGAAGGAGCGGCUGGAGUUUGAACGGGAACGGAGGGAGCGGGAAAAAGAGCGAGAGCGGGAAAGAGAGCGGCGGGACCGCGAGAGGGAGAAGGAGCGGGAGAGAGAGCGGGAGCGAGAACGGGAGCGAGAACGGGAGAGGGACAGAGACAAAGACCGUGACCGCAGGACCAGAGACAGGGAGCGAGAGCGAGACUGGGAGAGGGACAGAAGCCGUGACAGGAGCACUGAGCGCAGCCGAUCCAGGGAGAUGAGUCGAGACCGAGACAGAGAAAAAAAACGAGAUCAAGAGGAUGAAGAGGAGGCAUAUGAACGCAGGAAGCUGGAGAGGAAACUAAGAGACAAGGAGGCAGCCUAUCAGGAGCGACUAAAAAACUGGGAGCUCAGGGAGAGAAAGAAGGCACGGGAUUACGCCAAGGACUCCGAAAGAGAAGAUGAGCGGCGACGGGAAAUGAUGAAAGAAGGCAAACGACUGAAGGAAUUUCUUGAAGACUAUGAUGAUGACAGAGAUGACCCCAAGUACUACAGGGGCAGUGCGCUGCAGAAGCGUCUCAGAGACCGAGAGAAGGAGAUGGAGGCGGACGAGCGUGACAGGAAGAGAGAGAAGGAGGAGCUGGAGGAGAUCAGACAGAGGCUGCUAGACGAGGGACAUCCAAACCCAGACGCAGAGCUACGCAGGAUGGAGGAGGAAGAGGAGGAGCGUCUGAGACAACCUCCCAUCAUCCAAGAGCCGGAGCCCGAGGAGGAGCGUGAACGCCACAGGGGUUCCCGUGACCACCGAGACCGGCGACAUGACCAGGAGAGAAUAGAGCCCCGCACACGGCCCGCCCACUCUGAUGACGAGGUGGAAGAGGGUGAGGAAGAUGAUUAUGACAAUGACGAAGACAACCCAGACGUGAAGCCAUGCUUGAAGCCUACGAUGCGGCCCAUCACAGCAGCACCCUCGGUGUCGUCGGCCAGUGGUAACGUGUCCCCUAACACGCCGGGAGACGAGUCACCCUGCGGCAUCAUCAUCCCCCAUGAAAACUCGCCGCCUGAGGCUCUGCCACAGGAGGAACACCGGCCCAAGAUUGGCCUCAGUCUCAAACUGGGUGCCACAGGAAGCCCCAGUCAACCCAACGUGGUGAAGAGGAAGAAGCUGCCGGUGGACAGCGUCUUUGACAAGUUCGAUGACGAGGAGGCCGACGAACAGCCCCGCAAGAGGAAGCUCGUACCCCUGGAUUACGACGACGACAAGAGCCUUGGGGUAGAUGGAGCCGGACUGUCCAACAUAAAGGGGGCUAACACCGAGGAGAAACGCAAACACAUCAAGAGUCUCAUUGAGAAAAUUCCCACAGCGAAGCCUGAGCUGUUCUCCUACCCGCUGGACUGGUCUAUGGUUGACACGACGUUAAUGGAACGACGUGUCCGGCCCUGGAUCAAUAAAAAGAUUAUUGAGUAUAUUGGAGAGGAAGAGCCAACGUUAGUGGACUUUGUCUGCUCCAAGGUGAUGGCUCACAGUAUGCCACAGAGUAUCCUGGAUGAUGUUGCCAUGGUCCUUGAUGAAGAAGCUGAAGUCUUCAUCGUGAAGAUGUGGAGGCUACUCAUUUAUGAAACUGAAGCAAAGAAGAUCGGACUGGUGAAAUAAGCAAAAUAACCACUGAAUGAAGAUAAUCGUUUUUUUUUUUUGUUUCUUUCAUACAACACGUAUAAUAGUGUAGCGCAGUUACGUCACCCCAAUUUAUUCCUCCUCAACAUACUCAGGCUACAUCUGCCUCCCCUCCGUUUGCAGAUGCUGACUGUGUCGGUGUGCUUUUGUGUAUAUACAGUAUGUCAUUAUUUGACUGGUGAAACAAAUUCAGAGAGACACCCAGGACCAUUGUUGUGUUGCCAGAGAAGGUCUCUUGGUCCUAUACUUUAAUCGGUAUACAUGCCAACACACACAUUGUGGGAAGAGUCAUCUUCAGGAUCACUUUACUUUUCUUGAACUUUUCUUCAAAGUCUCUAAAAGGUGUGAACUCUUGCUUGCAGUUGAAUGUAGGUCAAGAGGACGCAGACUUUAGAGUUUGCAUUUUACAGGGUUAUUUAUUCAGGGUUAUGAACAAAACUCCAGUUUAUUUCUACUGACCACAUUUUCCUCAUUUACAUUCCUGAUGAACGUGUUGGCAUGUUCUCAUCUUCAGACGGUCUCUAAAUGCACCUUGUUGUCAUUUGAAAUGUCUCGACCACAGGAUUUCUUGGGUGGUCCCUGCAGCUGUGAAAGCACACGCGUCGUAACCACUAUAGGAAAAUGAGCUAAAAAUGGAAAAAACUGAUUCGAGGUUGUGAAGAGGCUCUCCAUUUGUUUUUGUAUUGGUGAACAUUUGAAUAAAAUUGAUUUUUAUAACCGUU